AUGCAGUCUGGAAUAACAGUUUCCAAGGAGGUUCACGAUGCAUUCGAGAGCUUCAUGUCUGACCCCUCUCUGUUCUGUCUGCCCAUAACAAUCACCAGCGAACAGCUUGUUGCUCUGCAGCCGAUCCCCUUCGCACAAGCAACUGGCGGAAGCAAUGGCCUCAAUAGCCAGUUCUAUACCUCACUGCCCUCUCUCUCCGACCACCUCCAGCCGAAGACACCGAUAUACCUGUUCCUCCGGCGCUCAUCCGAAAACGCAGACUUGGGGUUGAUAGCACUCACAUUUGUCCCUUCAAACAGUCCAGUGCGCUCCAAGACACUUUUUGCAAGUACCCGGACCGCACUUAUCCGUGAACUCGGGUCGGAGAAGUUUGCGGAGAACAUUUUCGCUACUGACGUCGAGGAGGUGCUUGACGAAGAGGAAUGGAAGGAAAGGGAGCUGGAUAUGAACGCUAAGAGCGGUGCGGGUGGGUCGAGCGGCGAUGACAGGUUGAACGAACUGAUGGGUGAACAGGAGAGGGAGCUGAAUGCUGUGAAGAGAGAGGAAAACGAUGCGAGAGAUACGUGGAAAAGGAGGAUGGACAUCGGCAUUGGAGGAACUGUUGGUUCAGACACGAACAGCGCUGGUCAGUUAUCUGGCCCUGGGGCUUCAGAUAGCAGUGUUCUGUUCAAAACCGGAGUUGGGGUCGAAGGGGCGUUACAGAGCCUAGGGCAAGAUGGCGCUGCUGUCCUCUUGGCCAUCGAUGUGAAAACGGAGACGCUGAAUCUUGUGGGCACAGAGUCAAAUGUUGCACCAGAUUCUCUAUCAGGCCUCAUCCCAACCUCCGACCCGCAGUACACCUUUUACCGUCACCCUGAAUCCUCCGAGUUGAUCUUCAUUUAUACAUGCCCUUCUGGCUCCUCUAUCAAACAACGUAUGCUCCACGCCAGCAGCCGCGCAGGAAUGUUGAUGUGGGCAGCUAAAAACGGUGUAUCUGUAAAUCACAAGAUCGAGGCAUCCGCUGCUGAUGAAAUCACACCUGAUAGACUGAAAGAGGAGAUAAGCCCUCCUGCCCAAGAGGUCAAGAAAGCGUUCGCAAGGCCAAAGAGGCCCGGUAAAAGGUAG